GCCGCGCAGAGCCGCGGGCAGGGCGGGCAGCGCCGUGUGACGCUCCGACCCCGUACUGCUCUGCGCUCCGCGGAGACGGCCGCCCCCAGCGCUUCCUGCGUCCCGCUUGUCUCUUCGGGCCUGCCGCUAGGCUUUGGGUAUGCGAAGUGACUAAACAGAGGCAGAAAGCCUCUGCGCUGCGAUCGAUACACGCCAGUCCUUAUCAGGAGUUUGUGAGGAUAGGAGAGGUGCUCGUUUUGUUGGUUUGCUUGUAACCGGUGUAUUCCGAACUCAAGUUCUGGCCUCAUUAUGCCUCUGUAGGGUUUGGUUGUUACUGCUGCUUGUUUUUCUCGAAUGUAAUUGUUUCGGUAGGUUGGUUGUUUUUGUGUUGCUUGAGAAGUCCUUGAAAGAUUAAUAAGUGACUUCACAGCAUAUCUUGGAUUGUUUAACGCUUCCUCAGUGUUAUUUUCUGGACCUGCUGGGCGUUCAUUCUUAAUAGCACUGUAUGGGAAGGCUAAACUAGUGCAACUUAGGUACACCUAUCUACUUAACGUUUUGUUCCUUUAGGUGUCGAACUGAUACAUGUUAAACUUGUAUUCAAACCUGUCUUUCGGUAACAAUGUACACAAGUGUUAACAUUAACAUUAGAGUUUCAGUAACGGUUUGAACUUUAGUUUUCAGGGCAUUGCCUUCAGCGGAGGGUGAGUGGAAGCUGCACUCAGGACUGCAUAAUGAAAAAAAUGAUUAUUCAUUAAAAAAAAAAAAAACAAAAACAGUGCACCACAAUGUGAAUAUCUUGCCUGCUGCAAAGUUAGAGCACCACUAAGAUUUACAAGCUGACAAAAGUACUUAUGAAUUGACUUUAUUCUUUUGAAUUGUUCCUAUGAUACUAGAAGAUGAAUAAUCUUUCCUUCAGUGAACUAUGCUGCCUGUUCUGUUGUCCACCAUGCCCAGGGAAAAUUGCCUCCAAACUGGCAUUCUUACCUCCUGAUCCCACAUACACCCUGAUGUGUGAUGAAAGUGGUAGUCGCUGGACUUUACAUCUCUCAGAGAGAGCAGACUGGCAGUAUUCGUCGAGAGAAAAAGAUGCCAUUGAGUGUUUCAUGACUAGAACAAGUAAAGGUAACAGGAUUGCCUGUAUGUUUGUGCGUUGCUCACCGAACGCCAAAUAUACUUUGCUCUUCUCGCACGGAAAUGCUGUUGACCUAGGUCAGAUGAGCAGCUUUUACAUAGGACUGGGUUCACGGAUUAAUUGCAACAUAUUCUCAUAUGAUUAUUCUGGAUAUGGUGCAAGUUCUGGGAAGCCAUCAGAAAAGAAUCUGUAUGCUGACAUUGAUGCUGCUUGGGUGGCUCUUAGGACAAGGUAUGGAAUCCGCCCUGAAAAUGUGAUUAUAUAUGGCCAAAGUAUAGGAACAGUACCGUCUGUGGAUCUUGCUGCUAGGUAUGAAAGUGCUGCUGUAAUCCUACAUUCUCCACUGACCUCAGGAAUGCGAGUAGCUUUUCCUGAUACAAAGAAGACCUAUUGUUUUGAUGCAUUCCCGAACAUUGACAAAAUUUCUAAAAUUACAUCUCCUGUGUUAAUUAUCCAUGGGACUGAAGAUGAAGUAAUUGACUUUUCACAUGGCCUAGCCUUAUUUGAACGUUGCCAGAGACCUGUAGAGCCACUGUGGGUAGAAGGAGCAGGCCAUAAUGAUGUGGAGCUCUACGGACAAUAUCUUGAAAGAUUAAAACGGUUUGUGUCGCAGGAACUGGUGAACUUGUAAUUUUCUUUGUAUAUUUACAUGCUUCUUCAUUUCACUGCAGAACUGCACACCUUGAAAAGUACAUAACACAAAACCUGAAGGUUGUGUUUUCAAAUCAUGUUGGUUGCCUUCAUUAAAUGUACAGGUAAUGAUUUGUCAACAUAAUUAGUGAAGGUUUUAAUGCCAGUAUUAUUAACUGGAAUUACAUCAUCAGUCAAGGUUGGCAGUUUGUAUUAAUUUGUGAAGUUUUCUUUAUAGAUUAAAAAAAAACAACACAAGUACUGUAUGAAAUUUUAAUUAUAUAAAAUCAAAUGCUGUAAAAGUGUUGCCAAAUGCUCUAGCAUAUUAAAAACAAGUUUAUAAAUAUUUUUUAAACAUCUCAAAAUGUACUGUGACUUACUGUUUCUCAGAUGUAAAUUUAAAACUAGACUUCUAAGCAGUUGUCCUGUAAAAAUGCAAUAGCCAUGCAAUUUGAGCAAUUAUUCAUGUGUGUAAUAAGAAUGAAACGUCACUGGAAAUGACCUGUGCCCUGUUAUAGAGGGAGGGGAUCAAAUUAGGUCUUUCCAUGUCUUUUUUUAUAUCUUUUAUGCUUAGUUUUACUUCAGUUGUUCUGUUUUGUCCUUGUGCUGUUUUAUAACUUGAAUGGGACAAAUUUACUCAUGCAUCUUCUUAGCUGCCCUAAUCUUGCCAAAAUAAUGUCGAAAUUGUCAUUGUUGCAACUUAAAUAUCAUUACAUGAUUGCUACUGAGGCCACUAAGUACUACUUUGAAAUAAGUAGGACAUUUAGAACCUAGAAAGCUUCAUGGACAAUGUAGUUUUAAACAGUGAUUGUAUAGAGAUGCAGCGUUUCAGUAGGAAGAACCUGGAAGUUUAUUUAACUUUGUAAUAAAAUUUGAAAGUUUGCAGUUUGUCUGUUCAGGCUUACUUUUGGAUGUUUAGUGUAAAAGUUCCUUGGUUUUUAGUAUUGUAUGGAAAUUUUACUUAUUGCUCUCUCCUAGACAAGAGUGGGAGGAGGGGCAAGAAGAAUGUUGACAUUUUCUUAUUAACUCAUACUAAAAUAAACUUUGUAAGUUGCCUUUCCUUGAAUGCAUUUUGCUUGAAUAAAAAUAUGAAAAAAAAAAAACUAUAUGUAGCCUAUUUGUAAACUGGGUAACCCAAAAAUACACACUGUGCUUCUAAUUUUAAGGCCUUAUGUAGUUUAACUGUUCUGCUUGUUUUGUGACUCAGACUAUUGUAUAAUUAAAUGUAGCAUCAAAUAUUGUGAAAACUUUCAGAUGUGUUGAUUUAACAGUAAACAAUAUUCCACAUA